AAAUUGGUGUGCUAGCCAAGACUUUCAUCGACCAAGGGAAGCUGAUCCCAGAUGAUGUCAUGACUCGGCUGGCCCUGCAUGAGCUGAAAAAUCUCACCCAGUACAGCUGGCUGUUGGAUGGCUUCCCGAGGACACUUCCACAGGCAGAAGCCCUGGACAGAGCCUAUCAGAUAGACACAGUGAUUAACCUGAAUGUGCCCUUUGAGGUCAUUAAACAACGUCUCACCGCUCGCUGGAUUCAUCCAGCCAGUGGCAGAGUCUACAACAUCGAAUUCAACCCUCCCAAAACUGUGGGCAUCGAUGAUCUGACUGGAGAGCCUCUGAUUCAACGUGAGGAUGAUAAACCAGAGACGGUGAUCAAGAGACUGAAGGCUUACGAAGCCCAAACAGAGCCAGUCCUGGAAUAUUACCAGAAAAAAGGGGUGUUGGAAACAUUCUCUGGAACAGAAACCAACAAGAUCUGGCCACACGUACAUGCUUUCCUACAAACGAAAGUUCCACAGACAAACCAGAAAGCCUCAGUUACUCCAUGAGAGAAAAGCACGUAACUACUAAGAUGAGCAGAAGAAACUCUUCUGUGCCUUUAGCAGCUUCUGUUUUCUAAGAAUCAAGAACAUAUGAAUUCUUUGCAAACUGUUUUAUUUCUAUUGAUUUUAUUCUGGCUAUUACUAAGGGUGUGCCAAAUGAAUCAGAUACUAAGACAGAUCUUUACAAAUGGUCUAGUAUGUUUUACCCAUCUUUUACAGGUGUACAAUUCAAAAACACCAGGUAUGUUAAAACUUUAAAAUGAGUGAAAUUAAAAGCAGUUGGUAGUAAUUUUUUUGUCCAGUAUUUGAUAAAUCAAAUUUUCAUAUUUUUCUGUCAUUCACUUGGGGAAAAUAUCAUGAGACUUUUGCAGAAUGAUGCAAAAAAAAAAAGACAUUUUCUAGUCCUGUGGAAUAUGGUUUUGUGAGACACUGUAUAGUUUCCUGACAUUAUAGAAAAAAAGCAACGGGAUUUAUAGAUGUUGCAAGAUGCAAAUUCACUGUUGCCUUUACACUAAUAAACAUGUAAGCUAGCUAUAGAUGAUGUAUUUAUUUUGUCACUAGACACAACUUUGGCUUACUCAGAAUUUUUAAUUUGCUAUAAAAUAUAUGUUAGUAUAUAAGAAAUCAGCUUAUUUUUGUUUGAAAAUACAUGUGCACUAAGGGAUAUGAUUUAUGUAAAAAAUAACAAAAUUUUUAGACCAGUACCAGCAGUGAAUGAAUUUUCAAUGGAAAAUAUAAUCAGGUUUUCAGAUGUUACUUAGGUUAAUGAACAUAGGAUGUACUUGUUUCUUUUUAACCCAAAUGUGUAAUUUACACUGGCAAAUAUAAUCAGGUUUUCAGAUGUUACUUAGGUUAAUGAACAUAGGAUGUACUUGUUUCUUUUUAAUCCAAAUGUGUAAUUUACACUGGCAAAUAACAAAUUAUAGUACAAACAAAAAAUAAAUUAAGUUGGCACUAUGUAAAGUAAGCAUACUUUGUUAUUAAGGGAAUAUAAAUAGAUCAACCAUGCCAGGAGGACAUUCCCUUGACAUUAACACAACCAUAAUUAGUAAACAGGUGCAGCAGUAACAAACAGAUAUGAGAGGUCAGAAAAGGAUCAGAAAGUAAUGGAGUUCCCCAAAGGGGAUCUUUACUUGACUGAAGAAACUGACAUCUGCUAGUGUUCACUGCCAUCAGUCAGGAGCAAAGAACUCUGCUGGUGUCCUCUUGAGCAGCCACUUAAAAAACUAAAUCGUGUUUCUUUAGUAGGGCAACAAAGAUGCAUGCUCAUGUGUCGUGGCCAGGUCGAAAAUGGGGCAAUCUGAGAACAGGAAAAACCCAACUGUGUUUUCUAUACAAUUCGUUUAUUUUACUUGGUGCUAAAACGAACGUAUCAAGCACUUGUACAAACUGUUAACUGGCCUUUUAAGAACUUGGCUCAUUUUAUUCUAGGCAUUUAAAAUUCAAGUGCCAGGCAGGGGUGCUUAUGUAUUGGGGGGAGGCACUUAUUUUCCUUUUUUAAAAUUCUUAUUUUUAAAAAUUCAUUGUUGAUCUUUUAAAAUGGAACAAGGCUUUUAAAAAGGAUUACAGUCACUAGUUCUUUAUAAAACUCUUGUAAUGCCUUAUUUGAAUGUUUAUAUGCUUUCUAAAAAUGUGAACUGCCAAAUUUAUCACUAGGUUAUCAGAUAUACAUGUUCCUACUACAAUAAAAUUUAACUACCAUGGCCGUUACUUUGUCUUUGAUAAUUCACAAGGCCCACUCUCCCCCACCUUUCUGCUGUCCUGACUUCUCACUGGCUUCAUUCUAAUAAACUGUCUUCAAACAGUG